ACUGGUAGCAAGGAGUCCUGGGAGAGUUGCUGUUUGAGCUGUAAUCCUUGAAACUAUUACUGUCGCUUCAUUGUGAAGUUUUUUGCCUCAAUAUCAGUGUUUGUUACCUAAGAAUGGCAGAGGAUUUAUUGAAUGCAGCCUGAGUUAAAGUUAGACCUGCAGUGAGCGAUUUGUAGGAAGAAAAACCCGAAAUGGAAGGAAACUACAACUGAAAACGAGGGAAAAGCAACAAGUGAAGCAGCCCGAAGACUGAGAGCAUCAACUGGACAGAACCCUCCUGACUCAGAGUUUCCAUUGAUUCGGUCAGCAGAAAGUCUGAUCUGCGCUAAGGGAUUUGUUGGAAGAAAAGAACCGGAAACAAAGAACAACUGAAAAACAGCCGAAGACUAAGAGCACUGACUGGAUUGAACCCUGCUGGCUCAGAGUUUCCCUUCACUCAGUCAGGAGAAAAUUUGGAGAGUCUCAUUCACUCAAGUACUCGUCCUUUAGACAUCACAUGUCUGUACAAAGGAAGACCAUCACCCGCAGGUGGAGCUUUUCUACACCGGGAACAAAGAGUAAACAAGAAAACAACAACCAGCAUUCGUCAGUCUGAAUCAAAAUGGCUACAGAUUCCAAAUGUACGAUCUCAGAUCUCCUGACACAGUGCGAAGAUUAUCAGCUGCUCCACCUGACUAUUUUCUACCGAGAGAGACUGAAACCUGCGAUUGAAGCACGGGUAGAAGGACUCAGCUGGACGUUGAGACAGGAGGGACAAUUCAGUGAACAGGAACACGAGGAAGUCAAGAAGCUUGCGGAGUGGGGAAACCGGACAGAGAGUUCUAAACUCUUCCUCAGUCUGGUGAUGGAGAAAGGCACCCAGGCUCGGAGGAUGAUGUGGGAAUCCUUUGUGGAAGUGAGGAAGGAUUUACCAAAGUUGGAAAGGAUACUGAAGGAAAUCCAGGAAUUUGGUCCUGAUCCAUAUGAACAUAUGAAUGUCAGCCGAGGCUUUUGUGAGUUAUCCUCGCAACUCAAGGAUGUUCAAGAGAAACACAAGGGGGCUCUGAUGGCACAAACUGAAACACUGAGAGUGAAAACGAUCCUGAUGAGGGAGAAGGUGAAGGUUUUCCAGCUGGUUAAUCGAUAUGCUGAGCUCACGGUCAUUUCUACUGUUCGAGAUCGGAAACUGGUGGAACAUGAGCUGCUGGCAAGAGGCAGAGACCACGAGAGGUGGAGAGAGAAACAUCUCCGCGGAGAGCUGGAAAAAGUUCGGACUGAUCAGUUGUUCCAGAGCAGCUAUUCCCAGAGUAAAACCAAAUCUGGGAGUUCAGCAGCAGUGGCCGGAGUCCCAGGGAUCGGGAAAACAACAAUGGUACAAAAAAUUGUUUAUGACUGGGCUACAGGGAAAAUAUACCAACAGUUCCAGUUUGUCUUCAGUUUCAAAUUCCGGGAUUUAAACUUCAUUAACUGCAGGAUAAACCUGAGGGAACUGAUUCUGUAUCAGUAUCCUUACUUUGGGGAUAUCCUGAGAGAGGUCUGGAAGAACCCAGAGGGAUUGCUGUUUAUAUUUGAUGGUUUAGAUGAAUUCAAACAAAGAAUCGAUUUUUCUGACAGUCCGAGAGAUACAGAACCCAAGCACCAGUACCCAGAUCCCGAGUGGUGGUGUGAAGUGUCUGACAUUGUGUACAGUUUAAUCCAGGGCAAGCUGCUCCCAGGGUGUUCAGUGCUGGUGACAACCCGUCCCACUGCGUUACGUUUAUUGGAAAAGGCUCAGAUCAGUGACUGGGCUGAACUCCUGGGAUUUGUUGGUGAGGAAAGGAAGGAAUAUUUCAUCAGGCAUUUUGAAGAUCAGACGGUGGCAGCAGCAGUUUUCAAAUACGUGAAGGAGAACGAGAUUCUGUACACCAUGAGCUACAACCCCUCCUACUGCUGGAUCCUCGCUCUGGCACUGGGACCCUUCUUCACACAAAGAGUCAGGGACCCGCAGCGAGUUCCCAAGGCCAUCACCCAACUGUAUUCCUACUAUAUUUACGACAUCCUGAAAAACCACGGCCGUGAGAUUGAGAACCCCAUGAUGUGUUACUCAGGAUUGGUCAGAUGGCCUUCAGAGGAGUGUUCGAGAAGAAGAUUGUGUUUACAGAUGGAGAUUUGAUCAAUUACAAUCUGCAGCCUUCCCAGUUCCUGUCCGGGUUCCUGAUGGAGCUUUUGGAGAGAGAGGAUUCUGCCCGGAGUGUGGUGUACACAUUCCCACACCUCACCAUCCAAGAGUUUGUAGCUGCAGUCGCACAAUUCCUGAAU